CACGCUUUAGAUGAUGUAUCAUGAUAUCUAUACAACUUGGAAUUCUGCGUUGCUGCAUUGUGAACUGCGACGAAGUAGAUACACAAGUUUGAAGCAACAGUUGCUUCCUGCGGGUCGUACUACGAUAGCCCCGGGCGCCUAUUAGAGCUGCUGCGUCUUGGGCUUGCCACUACUUAUCGAACAGUCGCAUGUGUGAGAGGUCAUCCCACGUUUAACUCCUCCGUCGCCGACAUGGACUGCCAUCUGAGUCUCCCAUUGCCACGUCUGCCCCCCGAAAUAUGCGACUACGUACUCGAUCACCUAUGGGACGACCACAAGACCCUCAAGGUCUGCAGCCUCGUCACGCGAGAAUGGCUCCCCACGACGCGGAAACAUCUUUUCCAUUCCAUCCGUCUCUUCAGCAACCCGCGACGCGUCGCCUUUGAGGAUUUGAUUCUGCAUUCGGGAAACGCGGUGGCUCUCUGCGUCCGCAAGCUGGAGUUGAAAUGGACGCUCGUUAGCUGGACCCCCACAAUUCCCGUCUCCGUGCCUCAAACGCUGGCAUCUCUCAGCCGGCUAGAGGAGCUCACCCUCCAAGGUACCAUAUGGAGUGAUUCUUACUCUCCCGCGAAGACUAUAACAUGGCCAGUACUGCCCAUGGUGAAGGCUGUUCAUUUGCAGAUCAACGACGCCGACGACGUCGUAAGCCUGCAGCGAUUCAUCUGUGCAUGUCCUUCGCUCUCCUCCCUGAACCUCCAGAUACGGCAUACCUCAAAGUGCGACAGCUCGUACACCCAUCCUCCAACGAUCAUCCCGGGAUCGAUAGUAAUUGAGACUUUUCAAUACGGUGUCCGCGAGUCAGACCCCAUGUCAAGAUGGCUGCUGCAGGGUGGCCUGAAGCUGCGCAUACGUCGACUAGCGAUUACUAUACUCGAUUAUCCGACUUCAGUCAAUUUUCUCAGGAAGGGCGACGCCCAAGCCCUAUUACGUGCAUCUAGUGAAUGUCUGGAGCAUCUCGUCGUCAGAGUGCAAACCAAGAUCCGCUCCGAUUCACCAGUUAGGCAACAAGCGGCGAUGACGCACAAUCCGAACCUGGUCUCAAUCUACGUGUCGAGCAUAUGGUGUGGGUUUUCUGAUGACGUCCCUGAUGACGAGCCGUUCUCCAAUGGCUGGCGGGGCCUGCUCUCAAUCCUUGCCGACAUCCAGCCAAUGCACACCAAGCUGCAGUCAGUCGACAUCACGUUGAUUAUGACAUCCAAGCCGGAUUUCACGAGGAUGCCUUGUGAGCAGCUCGAUGCUGCCCUGGCGCGAAUUGUGGAUACACACCCGCAGUUGAUCGUCACCGUGUGCAUAACCAGCAGUUCCCCUGUAGCAGUGCCAUGGAUGACGGAGCUCGUCGAAACGCUUUUGCAACGCUUGGUCAGGGUGCAGGCAGGACGGGGCAGACUCUGUUUGAUGUGGCUGAACGGUUACGAUGAAAACAGAGAGUUCAGUCACCGUACGACACCGUCCUGGUGUUCGCGGUGACGAUGUGGCAGGGUUCGUCCAUCCAACUUUCCUCCUUGGCACCUUCCGAGUCCCUGUACAUCAUUCUUUCGGACUUUGCUUGUUACGCGCUUCGGGGUAAAUUCCACCUUCCGACUGCGCGUGAGUCGCAGGGCAUUGUCCCACGAUACAGAGCGAUGCAAUGAGGGUUUACGUUGUCAAUUGGGAUGGCUCAUUCAAGCGAAACAGGUCAUACCAAACAUUCCCAGAGAUCAAGUUUGAA